CAAUAAUUCUUUAUAAAAUAAAUAAUAUUAUACUACUAAUGAUGUUUGUUUCUUUAUUUGUAUGUUUCGUUGCGUGUGUGUGUGUGUGCGCGCGAGUGACUGAGUAACUGAGUGAAUGAGUGUCUCUGAUUAACCCUGACUAUAAAAACACAGAGAUUUAAUAUUCAUUCUUUUUAUACAUUAAUCAUUAACAUCAUAUACAUGAAUAUAAUAUAAUAUAAAAAAAAGAAAGGAUUCACAUUAUAUAUAUAUAUACAUAUUAUCCUAUUUUCUAUUAAAGAAGCAACAUUACUACUGAUUAUACUACUUAUAUCCCUAAUGACAAAAUGAUAUUAUUACCAUUUGAAUAUGAUCAAUUUUUUAAAAAUCUAUUAUGUAAUCAAUUCUUUAUUAUAUCUAUAAUUAUGCAACAAUUUAUUGAUGCUAAAUCGAAUUCAACUAAUAUUCAUCCUAAAGAAAUCACAAUUAUUAAAUGGGAAUUUCAUGAAUUCUCUACUCAUAUUACUGUUAUGUUAUUUUUAAUUUUAUUAGUUUGUUUAAAAUUAGCUUAUCAUUAUAUACCAUAUAUAUCAAUUUAUGUUCCAGAAUCUUUAUUAUUAAUAUUAAUUGGGAUUACAUUUGGUAGUAUUGUAUUCUAUACAAUGGAAAAAUAUACAACUGAUCAUCAUAAUCCUAAUCAUCAUACAUCUAUAUCAAUAGAGAAUACUGUAUGGAAAUUUACACCGGAAUUAUUUGCUUAUUAUUUAUUACCACCAAUUAUAUUAGAAUCAGCCUAUGGUUUAUAUAAUCGUACAUUUUCUGAAUAUCUUGGUGUUGUAUUAAUAUUUUCAGUGAUAGGUACAAUAUGUAAUUUUUUAUUUAUUGGUUUCUCAUUAUAUAUAAUCUAUCAAUUAAAUUUAUUAGGUGAACCUAUAUUACAAUUAAAUAUUAAAGGUUAUUUAUUAUUUAGUUCAUUAAUUGUUGCUGUUGAUCCUGUUGCUGUCUUAGCUAUCUUUCAAGAUAUUGGCGUUGAAUUAAGUUUAUAUUAUAUUGUAUUUGGUGAAUCAUUAUUUAAUGAUGCUAUUACAAUUGUAUUAAAUGAUAUUAUGAUUGUAUUUAAUAGUAAUGAACAAUUAACAACAUUACAAAUAUUUAUUGGGUUUAUAUCGUUUUUUACAGUUAGUUUUGGUGGUUUAUUCAUUGGUGUUAUAUUUGGUAUCAUGACAUGUUUAAUUACAAGAAUACAUAGUCAUUUAUCUGUAUUUACAAUAUUAUUAUUAGCUUAUUUUUCAUAUAUUAUAGCUGAUUGUAUUGGUUGGUCUGGGAUUAUCUCAAUGAUUGGUUGUGGUUUAAUACAAGCAGCAUAUGCAUUUCAUAAUAUUGGUGAAAAAUAUGUUAAAAGUUUAUUAUUAAUUACAAGAAUGUUAGCUGAAGUUAGUGAAGGUGUUAUCUUUUUAUUUUUAGGUAUACAAGUAAUAUCUUAUAAAUUAGAAUGGCAUACUGGUUUUAUAUUAUGGUCACUUAUAUUAUGUUUAUUAUCCAGAACUAUUAUUGUAUUUAUUAUUACAGCAAUUGUAAAUUAUGUUAAUAUUGAUGAAACAAAAAUUACAAUUGAACAACAAAUUAUAUUAAUUUAUGGUGGUUUACGUGGUGCUGUAGCAUUUGCUUUAUCAGUACUUAUCCCAGAUGAUUUAUUUCCUAUCAAUAGUUUAUAUCAUAAAAAUGUCAUAGUAACAACAACAUUAUUUAUUAUUUUAUUUACAGUUGGUUUUAUGGGUUUAACAACUAAACCAUUAGUGAAAUUAUUAAAAAUACGUAAAAAAGAUCAAGAAAAAUUAAGUUUAUUUUAUAUAUUAAAUAAAAAUAUUAUUGAUCAAACAUUAACUGGUAUUGAAACAUUGAUCGGUUCAAAAGGACGUAAUGCUAUAAGAGAAUUUUUUAUUAAAAUUGAUGAAAAAUAUAUACGACGUAUAUUACAACGGAAUCCAGAACAUUAUGAUGAAAAAUUUUAAAAGUAUAUGAAUUAAUUGCAUUAAAAUUAUUAUAUGCAUCAACACGUCCUAAUGAUAUUGAAAAUUUAUUAAAAAUAUACCAGAAUCAUUAAAAUUUAAUCAAUUUAAUCAAUAUUCUAGAAAUAAUCUAUCAAAUUUAUUGAAUCAUGGUACAACACAUGAUUGGAUAUUACAUAAUCAUUUAUCAAUCAUACCAAUUGAUGAUGAUUAUGAUGGUAAUCUUAAUGAUAUUAACAAUAAUAACAAUAAUAACAAUGAUAAUGAUAAUGAUGAUGAUGAUGAUGGUGGUACAUUUGGUGAAAGUUCUUUUAUAUCAGCUGAACAAAUGAUAAAAAUGAAUAUCAAUAAAAAACAAUAUAGAAAAGUUUCAAUAAAUGCUAAUGAUAUAUUAAGUGAUCAUUUAUCACGUCAUAAUAAUCAUCAUGAUUUAUAUGCAUCAACAUCGAAACAUAAAUGUCAAUUAGAUUUGAAUGAAGCAUUUAAUGAUCUAUUACAAUAUCGUAUAGGAGCUAUCAAACAUCAAUUCACAUUAAAUGACAAUAAUAAUAAUAAUAUUGAAAUGAAUAUUGAUCAUCUUAAAUAUACAACUAAAUUAGAUCAUAUAGAUCAACAAAAACAAUCAAUAAAAUUAGAACAAUCUCAACCAAUACAACAAGUAAAUAUUGAAUCAAAUGAAACUAAACAUACUAUUCAAAGUAGAAUAGAUAAUAAUCAAAUAGAUUCUUCUUCUGUGGAACAACAUAUUCAACAAUCUUCAUAUUCAUUACAACCUAAAAUUAUAGAUUAUCGAAAAAGACAAGAUUUUAAUAAAGAUAUUAAAUAGUAUUAUUCUCAUUAUUAUUAUUGUAUAUGGAUCAGAAUAUUGUCGAAUGAAUAGAGGCCUACUCGAGUUAGACGGGAAUAUUUUAAUCAAAACUAACUUCGAAAUCACGCCUAGCGGUCAGCACCUAACGUGAAUUAACCGUUCGACAAAUCAAGGUACCACGGAUACUUUGAAGACCGUAUAACACAAAAGACGUUAUUACGGAAAUAAAUUAGUAGAUAUAAGUACAAACGAAAGUGAGACCAUCACCACAUGGGCCACUUCAUGGCAGACGAUUAACUGAUGCAUGUUGGUUGUCUUUCGCAUUGACGGGGAUCGAUGAACUGUUUGAUAUUCAGUGACCUAAUUGCAUGAUAAUUUGGCUGGAGCUCAGUGGGAUUUCACUGGUCCUACAAAUAUAAUUCAUUGGUUAAUACUUACAUUGCAAUAUAAUGAAUUUGCAAAUUUGAAUUAUAUGACCUUUUCAAGGUUAAUUGCUAGAUAGAUUCGUUAAUAAAAUAACAUUCCAAGUAAACAAAAUCUAUUAAUUUCUCAGUGUUUAUUUUAACAAAGGUUAUAAUUUUCCUUGAAAUAAUGAAUGAAGUUUAUAGUAAUAUUUUCUCAGAAUUAUGUUUACAAGGAUCUAAAUUAUUGUAAUCGGUAGUUUGUUUACCUAUGAAACUGAAUUCAAACUGAAAAUAUACUUUUAUUCCAAGAUAGUAAGUUACAAUAAUCAUAUUAAUAGUAAACAGAGAAUAUUUUAUUCAAUAUGAUGACAAUAAUCAUCAUGUGCUUACUUAUGACUGGCAUUAUAAGGUAUUCCCUGGAGUUCUAGUGAGAAACUAUGGCCCCUGGUGUCCAACCGCGAAUGUUGUAAAGGCAGUUACACACUGAAGACAAUGAUGGACGGUCGUGCAAUAUCGUAGAUGACGGCUCAGUGGUCUACAAGUUAAACGUUCACUCGCGCGACCGAAAGU